GAGAGACAGAGACAGAGAGACAGAGGGGGAGGGGAGAAUGAGGGUGACAGUGAUGGAGGUGGGAGUGGUCAGAGGUAUAUAAGAUCAUUCGUCUUCCUGCUUUCUGCAUUUGCUUUCUGCCGUUACUCUGCUCAUCAGAACAUAGACUGCACCUGCACAGGAUGUCGUGGGAUCAAUACAUCACCAGUCUGAAGGCCGACAGCCAGGUCUUGGACGCAGCCAUCUGGGGGUGUGAGAAGGGAGCAGAGUCUAAAUGGGCUGGAGGGGCUGGCCUGGACAGCAUUACGGUGGACGAAAUUAAAAAGCUGGUUGGUGACAGGUCGGCGUUCAGGCAGUGUGGCCCGCACAUCGCCGGGAAUAAGUGCAUGCUGCUGACGGACAACAUGGACACAGACGGCGUCCACUGCCUGAACCUGAAGACAGCAGCAGACGCUGAAGGCAACCGCUACUCAGUAUGUGUCGGCAAGACUAACAAGGCUUUAAUCAUAGUAAAGGGCACAAAGGACGCCAACGGAGGACAUCUGGCCGAGAAGGUGUACCAAACCGUCAAGUACCUGCGGGAGCAGCAGUACUAGGACAAGAUGGCCGCCCUGCUUCCCCCUGUGCACAUCAUCUCAACGGACUGUUGUCAGUCCAUGUUUGUCUCGUUUGGACCAUCAGCUGUGUUUCUGCCACCAGCGAUGAUUAAAGUAUUUGCAGUGUGUUCUGAUGUUCUGAGCGCCAGCGGGUUGGGUUCAAUCUCUGGGUCAGUGUUAACGUUUUUUAAACUGGAACCAAAAAUAAAGAGACGGACGUGUUCAUUUUCC